CGAGGGAAGAAGUUGAAUGUGGGUCAUGGCAGCGUAGACUUUCUCAGGGGGCUUAUGGUCGGGGCGGCGAGAGAGGGCAUCAACAACACGGUUGCUUUUGUCGGGGGGUGUGGCAGAUGGUGAAGGUGAACUGGGCAAGGAAGUCUAGCCAUCGGGCUUGGCGGGGGGUGAUGUCUUUCUUGGUAAGGAUGGAGGAGACAACUGUGUUGUCAGUGCGGAUGGUGAAGUAUUGCCCGUCGAGGUAUUCUACGCUAGGGGCAGCAAAUGUACACUUGUUGAGCUUGGCGUAUGAUGGAGAGAACUUUGCGAAGGUGUUCGAGGUGGGAUUCGAAGGUGGGGCUAAAGACGAGGUUAUCAUCAAGGUAGAUCACGACACAGACUUCGAGGAGGUCGCGAAAGAUGUGAUUCAUGGUGGAUUGGAAUGUGGCGGGGGCAUUGGUGAGUCCGAAGAGCAUCACGAGGAAUUCGUAGUGCCCGAAGCGAGAGCGAAAGGCGGUCUUGUGGGUGUCCUCCUCGCGGAUGUGGAUCUGGUGGAAGCCACUGCAGAGAUCAAUCUUGGUGAAAUACUUGGCUCCACGGAGGCGAUCAAGAAGCUCGGAUAUGCGAGGGAGUGGGUACUUGUUCUUGACCGUGAUCCGAUUCAGGGCACAAUAGUUUGUGCACAUGCGAAGUUCCGAGGUGCCGUUCUUCUUAACGAAGAGACAACUGGUUCCGAAGGGGGAGGAGCUAGGCUUAAUGAAUCCUUUCUCAAGGAGUUCAUUAAGUUGUCGCUUCAUCUCUUCGGCCUCGGGGACGGAGAGCUGGUAUGGGGGGCGACAAGGAGGAGAGUGGUCGGGCUCGAGAUCAAUGGUGUGGGAUACACCGCGAUCGGGAGGUAGACCGGCGGGCAAGGACUCGGGGAAGGCAUCUUUGAA